AUGGUGUUCUUCAUUUCGGAAAGAUACGCUUUCCCACCAAACACAACCUGCAGUGCGGCGGAUAUUCCCGUCAGCAGCGAGGAUGUCAAUAGCAUACCCCUGCCAUGCAGCAGCGAAAUGGGCCCAGUUCCGGCACAAGCUGAUGACGCCCCACAGAUGGAAAUUACGAGCAGCAUCAAACAUAAGCAAACUCUAACCCUCUCCACACCAACUUUGGACAUGGCCACUCACAUGCGGCCACUAUAUAUCACGGCCGAAGUCGAAGGAAAAAUGAUCAACAAGGUCAUGGUCGACACCGGUGCCGCGGUCACUGUUGUCACAACCCGUACCAUGGGACUCCUAGACAUCCCGCGCUCGAUGAUCCAAACCACGUCCUUAACAGUCAAGAACUUCACCGGGCAAGUGUCCAGAACCCUAGGCUUGCUAUUCCUACGGGUCAAGGUCGGGCCGGCAUCACGGGUUUACACCUUUUUCGUCGCCGAAUGCACUUCCUCUUACAGCAUGAUUCUUGGCCGAGAUUGGAUCCACAGAAGUUUUUGCGUGCCUUCCUCCAUGCACCAAGAACUCAUGAUUUGGGACGCCGAGAACCGUGAAGCGCUCAUCAUCAAAGCCGACCCGCGGCCAUUCUCUAUCUCCGCCAACUUCAACAAUGCCCGAUAUUAUACUACAGACUUGGGUCCGUUGGAUGUUCAAGACGUCGAUAACAAGGGCCGCCCAUAUGGAAUAACGGCCUCCAAUCUAACGCGAUGGGGACUUACCCAGGCGAAGGACGAUUUGCAACGUCCUCACACCAUCGCGAGUCCCACACCCCGUUCUGAUGAAUAA